GGCGAAGGCGGCGGUGGGCGCAGCGAGGAGGGCGAGGCCCCGGGCCGACAGUGCCGUAGGGCGUAGUGGCGCCCCUUCGGGGCAACUGAGGCGGGCGGCUGACGCGGUGGCGCUCGGAGGGGGAACAAAGAGCGGCGGCUGAGGCGGCAGAGAAGCGGCGGCGGCGGCGGCGGCGCUGCAGCAGCGGGCGGGACUGGUAUGGUGGUUCCACAGGUCAGACCCCGCUGCACUCACAGGGAGGAGGCGGCGGCAGCGGCGGAGGAAGGCGGCGCACCCGGAGAGGCAUGCCCAAAGAAAAAUACGAGCCCCCAGACCCUCGGAGGAUGUACACAAUUAUGUCCUCUGAGGAAGCAGCAAAUGGAAAGAAAUCACAUUGGGCAGAACUUGAAAUAAGUGGAAAAGUAAGAAGCUUAAGCUCAUCUUUGUGGUCAUUAACUCACUUGACAGCUUUGCAUCUGAGUGACAAUUUCCUGUCCCGCAUUCCUUCAGACAUUGCCAAGCUACAUAAUCUGGUAUAUCUGAAUCUGUCCUCAAACAAAAUCCGGAGUUUACCAGCAGAACUCGGAAACAUGGUAUCACUCAGGGAACUCCAUUUAAAUAACAACCUGUUACGAGUUCUACCUUUUGAGCUGGGAAAACUGUUUCAGUUGCAGACUUUAGGCCUGAAAGGAAAUCCACUUACCCAGGAUAUAUUGAACCUCUAUCAGGAACCUGAUGGAACCAGAAGGCUGCUGAACUAUUUGCUUGAUAAUUUGGCAGGUACUGCAAAAAGAAUUUCAUCAGAACAGCCACCUCCAAGAUCUUGGAUUAUGUUACAAGAACCAGACAGAACAAGGCCAACUGCCUUGUUUUCUGUCAUGUGCUACAAUGUUCUUUGUGAUAAAUAUGCGACUCGGCAGUUAUAUGGCUACUGUCCAUCAUGGGCACUAAAUUGGGACUAUAGGAAAAAGGCCAUUAUUCAAGAAAUCUUGAGCUGCAAUGCUGAUAUCAUAAGUCUUCAGGAGGUUGAGACAGAACAGUAUUACAGUUUUUUUCUGGUAGAACUGAAAGAACGUGGCUACAAUGGAUUCUUUAGUCCAAAAUCUAGAGCUAGGACAAUGUCAGAACAAGAAAGAAAACAUGUUGAUGGCUGUGCAAUAUUCUUCAAAACAGAAAAAUUUACUUUGGUUCAGAAACACACUGUUGAAUUUAAUCAGCUAGCCAUGGCAAAUUCAGAAGGGUCUGAAGCUAUGCUGAACAGAGUCAUGACAAAAGAUAACAUUGGAGUUGCAGUACUGCUAGAACUUCGAAAGGAAUUGAUUGAAAUGUCAUCUGGAAAGCCACAUCUUGGAACAGAAAAACAACUUAUUCUUGUGGCCAAUGCUCACAUGCAUUGGGACCCUGAAUAUUCUGAUGUGAAGCUGGUUCAAACUAUGAUGUUUCUCUCAGAAGUGAAGAACAUUAUUGAUAAAGCCUCACGAAAUCUCCAGUCCAGUGUAUUGGGAGAAUUUGGAACUAUUCCACUGGUAUUAUGUGCAGAUCUUAAUUCUUUACCAGAUUCUGGUGUUGUAGAAUAUUUGAGCACUGGUGGAGUAGAAACAAAUCAUAAAGACUUUAAGGAACUGAGAUAUAAUGAAAGUCUUACAAAUUUCAGCUGUAAUGGGAAAAAUGGGACAACCAAUGGAAGGAUCACUCAUGGUUUCAAGUUAAAGAGUGCCUAUGAGAAUGGCCUCAUGCCUUACACAAAUUACACGUUUGAUUUCAAGGGUAUAAUUGACUACAUCUUCUAUUCUAAACCUCAGCUGAACACUUUAGGCAUCCUGGGACCUCUGGAUCACCAUUGGCUAAUUGAGAAUAACAUCAGCGGCUGCCCACAUCCACUCAUCCCCUCUGACCACUUCUCACUUUUUGCACAACUGGAGCUCUUACUGCCUUUCCUGCCUCAAGUUAAUGGCAUUCACCUUCCUGGUAGGAGGUAGUCAAGUACCUUCAGAGGAUGACCUCAAUUUCACUUGUAAACACAUAAAACUCUGAAUAUAGGGGAGUGAGGUAUGGCCACUCGGGAUUUAGGGAUAUUUUUUUUUCCUUACUGAUGAUUUGAAUCUUCAACCAGAUUAUUUUAUAAGGAUAUAAGUAUGAAAGUCAGGUGCUAGCAACAGACAAAUUCUGAGCCCAAUAUGCUUUAUAUACUGUUAGACAGGGAUUGGUGUGUUUGCACCUAUCUUUAAAUUGUUACAAGUAAUUUUCCUGUUUCUUCUAAUAUAUUUUCAUGCCUUGAAAUAGGAAAGUGUUUGAACAGCAUAUUCUCUUUGCACAGAAAUCUGUAGCACUACUUUUUGAGGCCAGUAAUAACAUCCAGUGACCAUUCUUCCAUACCCUACUCCCUCCUUUUUCAGACUUGUUUGUAAAAUAUAGAAUUUGAAUUUAGCCUUUAUGAUUGUAUAUGAUCCACAGAAGACCUGAUUUAUGAAAUUUUGUACUAAAAAAUCAGAUUUGGAAAUGAUUGUAUUGUAAAACUAAGGCUAAGUUUUUUUGUUUUUGUUUUUUUUUUGUUUGUUUGUUUUGUUUUGUUUUUAAACUGUUUCAUGCAUUAUAAAGGCCAGCUUGUAAAAGAAGUUGCAACAGACUUUCUCUGCUGUGAUUUGCACUGUUGGGGUUUUGUUAGCCCUUUUAUACUACUUUAUUUUAAAAUUGAGAACAUUACUCUUUAAAUCUAAAACUCUUUAAAGCUUAGGACAUUUUCUCAGACCAGAGGCAAACUUAUCUAUGAAUUUUGGGUUUUUCCAUAAACUGUAUCUCCCGGGACAGAUAAACUGAGCAGAGAAUCAUUUGUAGGCAUUUAUGAAUUGAAUGUAAUGGUUGAUAUAUGUACAUUCUGAUAUUUUUAAAGUUUUAACUUUUUUAAGUUAAAAAAUUCCAGCUGCUUAGGUACAGUUUCUUAACUCCAUUUUAGAUGCUUCCUGUCCUAUGUCCACUGUGCCUGCCUAAAUCUGUCCUCACCAAGCACUGCCUGUGCAUGCAGAGAAAAUCUGUGCAUCCUCUUUUAUAUUUUUUAAAUAGUUUAACAUUUGUGAGAAUUUUAAGAAAAUGCUUUUGUAUGAGCUGUGGCUUUUUUCAUUGUGAAGCUUUGAAUAUCACAUUUUGGAACAUGUUCAUAGGGUGGGUCCUGGGUCUUUGCUCACCAGACCUAAAGCACUGCUUAUUGGUGUCAUUCAUUCCACAGUGCUGUUGUCACCCAGAAUACUACUAUCAUGUGAAUUCUUUUCGUUUUCCAUGUAUUCUUUAAUCUCCAUGUUUUUAAAAAAUCAUUCCUUUUUUUAAACAAAGUAUUUUCCAUUUAUGAAGCAGUAUAAAUAAGAUGUAUUUUCAAAACAGGUCCCUAAGACAAUUCUUCAGAUCAUUUUUAAAGUGACUAAGUCAUUUUAAUAUGUCAACCAAGAUAAAAGUUAUAUUGUACCCUGUAUUUUGCCCAUAGUGCCAUUAGUAGAUUAGAGAUUAAAGCCAGUGUUCACCUUACAAAGUUUAACUCAUAUGUAUUCUGUUCUUAAUCCUUUUAGUCUCUCAAAAAUCAAAUGAAUUCAGAGGGAGCUUGGUCUUAACUGCUUUUGUUUCAACUGCAGGCAGGGGAGCAAAAGGACACCAUGUGAGCAUUAAGAAAAACAAAUUGUUGAAUGUUUUUAACAAUUUUUAUACAGAGAGAAUUAGUCAUUUUGGAUAAUGACUUAAAAUUUUAUGAUAAAAUGUCUAGCACUUAGUUGUGCUUAUUCUGUUUUUAAGAGAAAAUAUAAUUACAUGUUUAAAUAAGCAACUUUUUUCCUUUUAAAAAUAUUCUCCAAAAAGUUGUGAUCUUGAGUCUUUGUCUGGGACCUGGUUUUUCCUUUGAGGUUUUUUAAGAUAUUGUUGUGAUGGUGGAUUUUUUUUGUUGUUGUUUGUUUUUGUUUUUGUUUUUUUGCUUUUGUUUAAGUUGUGCUGACACCAAACACAUCCAGUUUAUAAUCAGUACAUUGGAAAGCUGGUAUUAUUGAUAUAGAACCAAUGCAUAACUUUUUAUUUUUUUUGUAAAGUGUGAAUAAAAGGUGUGUUUACUCAUUUUUCCUAAACACUGUGUUGGUAAUGUGCAUCAUGACAAUUUCCAGCGAGGGCGGGCUGGAGCUAGUUGGACUGAUGAGAUGAACCGCUUUUCCUAUGAUCUGCAUUAUGUAAUAACAGGUCCAGAGAGCUUUAUGGAAGGGGAGGGGGAAGCACUUACUCGUUUUGUAUUUGUUAAUGGAGGAUGUAUUCUUUUCAUAGAUGCUGGAACUAGAGUGCACUUGUUAGAUGCUAAAGGUUUGAGCUUUACACAAAAUGUUUUCAUCCAUAUUUGUUAUUGUCUACAAUAUAUUUGAAUUUGGGAACAGCAUAGCAAGGUAAAAGAGCCUGUUAAUGUCUUGAAAAUAUUUGUUCUUGCUUCUUCUGGACAUUCUUCAUUCUGUGGGUCAGUUUGAUCAGCUUCUCUACCUUACUUAAAUAGUGAUAAAUUGAACCAAGAGUGUAGAUUUAUAACUGUAACCUUCAAAAGAGAAGAAAAUAUUUUGGGUCUAUAGAGAAUAAACAGUCACACCAAAAUAGACUUGAUACUUUGUUCAGCAAGAUUUUGUGUUUUAAAUGUUUCUGUGUCCUGAACAAUUUCCAAUAAUCCACAGUUCCUAAAAUGCAAUAAUAAAAACUAGUAUGUU